AUGACAGGGUACGUCGGCGGAGAUCCUUAUCAAUCUCCAACUUUUGGGAAGGCACUGUCCUUGCGUGUUGACGGGGGGGUCAACGCGAUAUCCAUAAACCCAUCUGGUCGGGAUGUUGUGUUAGCAAGCCGACAAGGACUACACAUCAUUGAUUUGGAUGACCCUUUCUCACCACCGCGAUGGCUACGACAUGUCACACCCUGGCAAGUGGCAGAUGUUCAAUGGUCGCCACAUCCCGCCAAGCCUUUUUGGGUUGUAUCGACUUCAAAUCAAAAGGCUAUCAUAUGGAACCUGGCGAGAUCCUCUAAUAAAGCUAUAGAACAUGUUUUGCACAAACACUUUCGGGCUAUCACAGAUAUUAAUUUCAGUUAUCUUCAUCCUGACAUCCUGGCAACUUGUUCCAUUGAUACAUAUGUACAUGCGUGGGACAUGCGAAGUCCAAAGAGACCAUUCUACACAACUCGUGAUUGGCGUUCAGGUGCAUCACAGGUGAAGUGGAACUACCACGAUCAGAAUAUUUUAGCUUCUGCGCAUGGGAAUGACGUCACGAUUUGGGAUCUUAGAAAAGGAUCAGAACCACUUGGGAAGCUUGUGGGCCAUGGAAGUAGUGUUAACAGUAUAGACUUCAAUCGGUUCAAAAAAUCUGAGAUAAUGACUGGAUCAAAUGAUGGAACUGUUAAAUUUUGGGAUUAUUCAGUUAGUUGUACAUUAGCUAAAAAGACAAUAAAAGCGGACUUUCCUGUGUGGAGAGGUCGAUAUUUACCAUUUGGAGAAGGGUGCUGCAUAAUGCCUACUGUUGGUGGGAAUAAUUAUGUUUACUUGGCUAAUCUCUCACAGCCUGAAGCGGAAGAGAAGAUGAGUUCUAAAUUACAAACUAUAUAUGCCUUCAAAGGACAUACCGACCCAGUUACGGAUUUUGUUUGGAGGUCUAGACAUUCCUAUGACAACAGUGUAGAUGAUAGAGAGUUUCAAUUAGUAACUUGGUCUAAAGAUUGUGACUUAAGGCUCUGGCCUGUACCUGAUUUUGUAUUUGAAAAGGUCAACUUUGAGCGCAACAGGAGGCUUAACGAAAAAUUGCAUAAUUACGAGUACGUUAGUUACAAUAGAGAGAUAAAUGAUGAAAGUUCUGAAGAACAAAAAGACCAUUUUAAGAGAAUAAAGGAGACAUUUGUAUCAACAUCAGGUUUGAAGAAAAGUGAUGAUUUGAAUCACAUAACAUGGUUAUCUGGAGUCCGAAUGAACCAUGCAGACUCACCUGAAAGUAUAUUUAAGGAAAGAAUUAUUCAAAACCUGGGUGAAGAAGUGAGCUUAAUAGGUCACAAAUUUCCCAAAAUAGUAUUUGAAAAAAUAUCGGUGUCAACCGGGGAACUAAUAGUUACUUUAAAUGCACCAGCUUCAGAGGAAACGGCAGACGAAUAUGUAUUUUUAAGAAUUCAUGUUAAAUUCGCAGCAGGCUAUCCGAGUAAGGCGAAUUCUCCUAUAUUUUCGAUUGAAGAUAACGGCAACCUAUCUCCAGAAAGAAGACUCGAGAUUUUGAAAAAUCUGAGACUUGUUUCACAAAAAUAUACAGAUUCUGGUCUCUAUUGUCUAGAACCUUGUUUGAGGUUAUUGCUAGGGGAGAAAGUCAAUCUUGAUGACAUAAAUGAUGAUGAGCCACUUAUAAAUUUUGAAAUUGAUGAUUUGGAAGGUCUAUCAUCGCUUCCGAGCUCAGAAAGUAACUCGCAUUACUCAUCGGAAACUUCCACCGAUUCGGAGACUGAAGAUUACAAAAAAGAUGUCUUAGCAUCUAGGCAAUUGCAAAAAGGUCCAAUAUCUGAAAAAGAUCCUGCAUUUGAUAGCACACCGGUGCCCAAUGAGUGUGGUGCCGUAUGGUCAUCUAAGGGUCAACUGUUUUGCUUUUUUGUAUCUGAAUCGAAUCAAGAUAAGAAGCAGGCAAUUCUUCGACUCACCGGUCGCGAUAAUGUCAAACAAAAUAAAAAUAGAAACAAGUAUCCAAAGCUAUUGGUGGAUUCAGAACAUUUAGUGGAGAACGACACUGAAUCUAGAACCACAAGACCAAAGACUUAUCUUGAGACAAUUAUACAUACUACAAGUACGCAGGGGAAUUCACGCUGCUCAUCGGACGACGAAUCUUUUUCGUAUAACUCUGAUGAGAGCUUUGAUGAAGACUGGAGCGAUAUAUUAAGAAAUGAAGUAGUGGUGCGAACUAAAUUGCCUGCCUUGCAUGCUGGCAAUUUUGCGAAAAAAUUUGGCUCAGCUUAUUCUGGAUCUGCAAAGACAGUAGACUCCGCUAAAGAACAUAAGAAUGUUAUAUUCUCCAAAGAUUUUAGUUUCCUAAUACCCGAAAGCAGAGAUUUGGCCCUUAAGUAUCAAUUAAUAGAUUCCGAUGGUGAUCUAGAAAAAUUAUCUCGCAAUAAUGCUUUGAUCGCGGAGGAAUUUGGGAUGGAAGAGAUAAGUCAUUGCUGGCAAAUUCUUUCUGACCUAUUAAUGACAAAUAAAAAUGAAAAUCCCUACAACUUAGUGUGGGACAAUCAUCCAAUGAGUAUAAAGUGGUUUGUUAAAGAGGCUGUUGCUUAUUUUGAAAAGCAGAAAAACAUCCAAAUGAUAUCCAUGAUAUGCUGCAUCGUAGCUAAUGAACUCUUUGGAGUUGCUUCGAAAUCUACGGAUGACAAAGAAGACACUGGAGAAACAUUGGAAAGUAUUGUUACAUUUGAUAUGAAUGAUCCCUCCGGAUCAUGGAGAAAUGACUCGCAUUCUCAAUAUUCAGGUAGUAUGAAUUUAUCAUAUUCUGGGCCUUUAAAGAAAAAUAGGCAAUCCCCUGAUGCAAUUUCUGUGAAAUCCGAAGAUUAUUUUAGUGCUAGACAUUAUAAUUACACCGGACGAAUAUCAAGUUUGAGUCCACCUAUUUCUAGCACAGUUCAGCUUCCUAAAUCACACCUGUACCACUCAAGAAUUCCUGACGUUUCUGUGCAGUUAGUGCAUGACGAUGUCUUAGAGGCUCUUGAGGACCCUGUAAGACACUUACUCGAUUCUGAAGAUGCUGAAAAUUUUAGGCGAUACAGCUAUCAAUAUGCCAAGUUGCUGUUUCGGUGGGGCUUACCUAUACAAAGAGUAGAAAUGAUCAAGGUCAGCGCUCUCACGAAACAAAAUGAUACGGAGAAGCCGCUUUCUCUUUUCGUACCUGAUUCAGAAGAUUCUUUCGGGGGACUGACCAUUAAAUGGAUCAAUGAUGACAAGGAAAAUGUAUGUUUUCAACACUGUAAUUACUGUGGUCUCAAAGUUACCAGAAACAUAUUUGUCUGCCAACAAUGCGAACAUGUAAUGCAUGCCGCUUGCGCAAAAGAAUGGUGGAAACACAGCGACGAAUGUGCUUCCGGCUGUGGAUGUCACUGUCUUAUAUGA